AUGGAGAAAAAACGGUGUAAUAAUUUUACAGCCGACGAGACUGAAGUUUUACUGAGCUUAGUGGAGGAAUCUCAGCUUAUUGUAGAAUGCAAGAAGACAGAUACGAUUAACAACAGCAGAAAAGAGCUAGAAUGGAAGAAUUUUGAGACUAAAUUUAAUUCGAUCUGUGCAACAGCACGAACUUCUAAAAUGCUACGUAGCAAGUGGGAUUCUCUAAAAAAAACCACCAAAAAGGAAUAUGGAGAGUACAAACAAAGUUUAUAUAAGACAGGUGGUGGACCAGGAAGUUCUGACUUUAAAAUGUCAGGCUAUAUGAAACGUAUUUUGGCUGUAGUUCGGAUUGGGAUGUCUGGCACUUGUUCUAAGUUUGAUUGCGAUUUUGAUUUACCUAACAGUAGUAAUAAGCUACUCACUGAAGACUCUAGCAGCAUUUCCUCUCAGGUCCCUAUUGUACCUACUGAAGUAAUAAGUAAUGAAGAUAUAGCAGCAGAGGAAAUAACUAUAGAUAAAGACAGUUCUGAUGCAGCUGAAAUUGUAAGUACUGAAUUUAAAAUCUUUUAA